AUGGUAGUGAGGGCCUCUGCUCUGUAUCUCCCAUUAUUGCCAUUUUGUACUGUAGGACUACUGGCUGUGCAAUGUUUACCAGGGGGAUUCAAAGCGUAUCCCAUUUACCCAGCAAGCCAAGUACUUUCCAACGCCGCCGAGGACGGACUCCUUGAUGAUCUUAGCCAUUCUGCUGUUUUGGGUGCCGCGGGCAGACAAAACAGCAGGUUACAGUCAGGAAUCGUGAUCGUGGGUCCUUCGCCAAAGAUGUGGACAGUUACAAAUGAAAGCAAAACCAUCGAACUGGGAAUUUCUCGCCAUUAUCGAGCUGUACCUUGCGGUCAUGAAUCCAUGUCUCUCGUUCCCCGCACUCUUCCUCCACGAGCCAACAGCACUGCACUUUCGAUGAGCUGUCGUUCAUUUAAUCUCUUUGACUUUUACACUCCAUCGAAAACUGUGAUCGAAGCAUGGCUGGCAGCCGAAGGGAAAGGGCUAUUGGACUCUGACACAAUUUCACCUGGCGACGCAAAACUUUGA